AUGCCAACCACUCAGUCCACCUCCGAACGCCGUUGCGGCGCUUCGCUCAUUCCCAAAUCAAUGCAUGACCCCGCGCUGAUCGACCUACUCCGCCGACCUGUCAGCCGCGAGAUGAUCUCGUAUAUCGCGGCAAAGACGAUGAGCGUGAUCGUCGUCGAGGACCCUACCACUUCCAAGAACUCAGGAGCACUCCCGACUCCUCCCCAUACGCCUUUGAAGAAGACGUUCGCGGAGCGCGAGGCGGAGGUGACGCAGUACCAGGCACAGAUACAGCUCCAGCAGAAUAAGAUUGGGCAGAGUCAACAAGGAAGCGGUACUGGGGGAGCAUCCACGCCGUUCUUGCCUCCGCUUGAGGAUUUCAUUACUCAGCUUGUGGAAUCUGCCAAUGUACAGACUCCGACGCUUCUGACGACAAUUAUUUAUCUUGAGAGGCUACGUCAUCGGCUGCCUAAGUUUUCGAAGGGCAUGCCGUGCACUAGACACCGUGUCUUCCUCGCUACACUCAUCGUUGCCGCGAAGUACCUAAAUGACUCGUCCCCGAAGAAUAAACAUUGGACAAGAUACGCUGAGAUCUUUGAGAACGCUGAGAUCAAUCUUAUGGAGUCGCAGCUUGUCUCCUUACUGGACUUUGAUCUUCGCUUCGCUGAGGAACAGGCUAUUGAGCACUGGGCACCUUUCAUGCCUCGUCGUACGUCCUCGCCUGCACAGGACAGGGAGACGCGUCAAUUGGCUGUCAACCGCAUCAAGGCUCGUCGGUCACGCUCGUUCAUCGACGUUCAGAUGCCACCCACUCCUCCUUAUGAUGCUAUUCCUCCAAGCCUGAAGAUCGACCAUCACUCGUCGUCUUCCUCAUCCUCGUCUUCGUCUGGAUACUUGGACAUUCCUGGCUGUUGUUCUCGUGUUCCAAUGUUGCCUUCUCCUUUGUCUGCUGUUGGGUCUUCUCCGCUGCGUGCCAUGUCUAGGUGCACGACCACUGAGUCUGAACUGAGCGUGGGUUCGUUGACUGAAGAUAACGGUUCCUCGGGUUCUGAUCCGGAAGACUUUGAGGACGAGCACAACGUGAUCACUAUCCCUGCCAAGCUGGACUCGAUGUCCCCUACUCCUGGCUCUCGCGGUGCUUCGCGUCUCUCGUUAUGUGCUCCACCUGGUGCGGGUCAUCGUGUAUCUGCCACUCGUACUUCGGCGAAUGCUACUGGUGUACAGCUCCGUCCGAUUCCACUUCAGCUCCCUGAGAAACGCUCGUCUUGGCAGCCUGCUGCGGGAAUCGCGUCUAUUCCGCGUAUACGGGAAAGCAUGUCUGGUGGUUUCCUAAGUCGAGUCUUCGGGUCGAGUAACAGCGUGAAGGAGAAACUCGAUCGAAUCGACGGCGUCGUCGAGAAGGACAGGAGCGGGUACGACACGAGCCAGAUGCACGGUGAGAGCGACGUGAUCAUUGCUUCGGAGUCGUCGCAUAGUGUGGACUUCCGUGGUACACGUGCGUCUUCGCAGCGCAUUCGAGCGCAGAGGUAUGGGAGCUUUGAGAGUGAGACAGAGGUGAUUGGCAUAUGA